CAGGAACGGCUGUGUGCGAAGUAGGGGAGGCUUUUGGAGUCAGGAGGUGACUGCGGAACGGGGAGUGGCGAAUAGGGCAGGUGCUUCAGUGACUCACUGUGAGUCACUUGCAGAUUCUUCAGGGCGCAGCAUGUGACUCGUCGCCGGGUGCUUACCAAAGAAAGAAUUUGUACAGAAUAAGAGAGACACAACGGCGUCGUCUUCGAUGGAACCUCGCGUUGGCAACAAGUAUCGUCUUGGUCGGAAAAUUGGAAGUGGUUCCUUUGGGGAGAUCUACUUAGGAACCAACAUCCAGACCAAUGAAGAGGUCGGAAUCAAGCUGGAGAGCAUCAAGACAAAGCAUCCUCAGUUGCUCUACGAGUCCAAGUUGUAUCGAAUCCUUCAGGGAGGAACCGGGAUUCCGAAUAUAAGAUGGUUUGGAAUCGAGGGAGACUACAACGUAUUGGUUCUUGAUCUUCUGGGACCAAGUCUUGAAGAUCUCUUCAACUUUUGCAGUCGGAAGUUUUCCUUGAAGACGGUCCUCAUGCUCGCAGAUCAACUGAUCAACAGAGUAGAGUACGUUCAUGCGAAGAGUUUUCUUCACAGAGACAUUAAGCCCGACAAUUUCCUGAUGGGACUUGGCAGGCGAGCAAAUCAGGUUUACAUUAUUGAUUUCGGUCUUGCAAAGAAGUAUCGCGAUCCCUCCACUCACCAGCACAUACCUUACAGAGAAAAUAAAAACCUCACUGGGACUGCACGAUAUGCCAGCAUCAACACCCAUCUUGGUAUUGAGCAAAGCAGGAGGGACGAUCUUGAGUCUCUUGGAUAUGUCCUUAUGUAUUUCUUGAGAGGGAGUCUCCCUUGGCAGGGGUUGAAAGCAGGAACCAAAAAGCAGAAAUAUGAGAAGAUCAGUGAGAAGAAGAUGUCUACUCCCAUUGAGGUUCUUUGCAAAGCUUAUCCAUCUGAAUUUGCUUCAUACUUCCACUACUGUCGGUCUCUUCGGUUCGACGAUAAACCUGAUUACGCGUACUUAAAGAGAAUCUUUCGAGACCUUUUCAUUCGUGAAGGUUUCCAGUUUGAUUAUGUCUUCGAUUGGACAAUCCUGAAGUACCAGCAAUCUCAAAUCGCUGGUGGUCCUUCUCGUGCUGUUGGUGCACCUGGCGGAUCAAGUGCUGCAGCAGCAGCAACAGGAACUGCAGGAGAUCGGCCAGCGGGAAGUCAGAACCCACAGCGGACUUCCGAGCCUACGGAUUCCAUUCGACGUCGACUAGGGGGUGGCUCUAGUGGAAUGAAUUCAUUAGACGCACCAAAACAUAAAAGUCCUGGUCCAGAUGACGGCGCCACAAAGGACACUGCUCUUGGGGGUUUAGCAGAACCAGAGCGCGUGCAUUCUUCUCCAUUUGUGCGGGGAAGCUCUUCAUCAAGGAGAGCUGUGCUUUCAAGCAGCGCUAGGCCAGCAGGAUCAACAGAAGCUGUAAAUGGUUCACGAUCAUUGGCUAGCAAAAUUGGCCCUACCAGCUUGCGCACAUCAGGAGGAAUGCAGAGGAGCUCUCCAGUGGCUUCAUCGGAUCCCAAGCGGACGGUAUCUAACCGCCAUUUGCCGCCUAACUUGAGGAAUUAUGACGCCGCCUUGAAGGGAGUUGAGUCUCUUUCUGUUGAAGUGGAUCAAAGCCAGUAAAGUAGGCCCCAGGGUCGAGAUUCAUAUGCUGGAAACUUCGGAAGAAAUACUAGUUCCUCUCGAAUCUCAAAAGAGUGAGCACAUUGGCUGAAGCUGGGUCUGAAUCUUAUUUAGAAAAUAUUGCAGCGUUAUCUGGCCUUCGCAUCAGCUGUACUUUGUGAAUCUGGCCUUGUAUUUGAUAUUAAAAUCAGGUCUUGUAUUUGAUAUUAAAAUCAUGUAGAUGAGAAAGUUCAAUUUUAUGGGCCACUGUCACCUUUGUGGAUUAUCAGAGGUUAUGUUA